AUGAAGAAAUUUUUUAAUUGGUGUAGCUUUUUCAUUAUUGGAACAACAAUACCCUUAGUCUUAUCAACAAUGAGCUUGUGUUAUGUAAACAUAGAAAAGGAAAGCAAAAAAAUUCAUUCUUAUAAUAAUGAAUAUCGAAAAAAGCAAAGAGAAAAUAUGAACAUUGAACAAAGAAAAUAUGAAAAUAAAUAA